CCACCAUGUCACCCAGCCAGGAACCUGUUUUCCCUGAGUAUGAGACAGAGACCAGCCAGACCUCGAAGCUGAUAAAAAAAUUUAAGGAGACGCCGUUUGUGCCCAUCGGGAUGGGUGGCUUCGCCGCCGUGGUCGCCUACGGGCUGUACAAGCUGAAGCACAGAGGUGACAUGAAAAUGUCCCUUCACCUGAUCCACAUGCGCGUGGCAGCGCAGGGCUUCGCCGUGGGAGCCCUGACGUGUGGUGUGCUGUAUUCCAUGUUCCGGGAAUAUGUGGGGAAUUCCAAGGAAUAGUGGGAAGCUGUCUGAAAUCUCUGUUCCUAGUGGUGGCCUGUAUACUGCAGCUCCAAACCUCCUGUCGAGGGGUUCUUGGGGAAACAAAUAAUACAUGGCAUUAGAGAAUUGUUGUAUUUUGUGUAUGGUACACUGUGCUGAACCUGGCAGCCUCAGAAUGUGCCCUGGGGGAGCGGGUCUGGGUCUCUGAUUGACACCACCACAUCCCAGUUUUUAGGGGAUAUCGUGGAGUGCAAUCCCUCUAUUUUUCCCUUCAACUCAGUCCUAAAACUGAUGAAUUAUUUUGCUGUUGUUGCCCAAAACCACGAUGUCUGAACUGGCUUCUGUCAGGGAACGUCAGGAACGCCUUGCUGUCAUUUUCUAUCCUUUGCCUCCAAUUUUGUAAUUUAGAAGCUUCCAGUUGCACUAAAUUAUUUCUAAAAUAUUGAGAGAGAUAUAUAGACAUCUAUAUUUUUUAUUUAAGGCAUUAGAUAAGUAUGUUGCAGCUAUUUAAAUGUUAUAUUUAUUCAUUGUUAACGAAGGCACAGGCUCCCUAUUUUUGCUAUAUCAAACCCUCGGAUUAUAUUUUGUAAAUUCAUUUGCGGUGUUCUUCUGAGUAACAUCUAAAUGUAACAUUUAAAAUACAUAUUAUGAAAACAAAUUAAUUUUGGUGGUUUAAUGCUUUUAAAGUGUAUAAUCUCGUUGAUUUCUGCAGUACUGUUCCCCACAGAAAAUUUUCAAACAUUUAAAUCCGAAAAGUGCCCCCCAUCACUUUUCAGGUAUUAAAAUCCUUGUCUGUGAGUUAUUUUACACUCAAACUCCUUGUACCUCCAACAGCAGUCACGAAAAUAAAA